AUGGACACUCACCAGGGCUCAUCGACUCAGUCACGUAGGGGCACACAAUCUAGUCGGUCUGGAUCCCCUGUCUCUUCAAUCUCAUACACCCCACCGGUCCGAUCGCCGACGAAGAACCAGGGGAGUAGGAUCUUCGGCCCGUUUCUGAAGAAGGACCCGUUGCGGGGGCUGAGUUCACCGAUCUCGCUGCGUCUGCUUGGCUCGUCAACAGCGCUGGAUGCGGGCGAGGGCUCGACGCGGGAACAGUAUGGGGAGGAUGGCCAGUGGUGGCGGGGACAGAGAGACAGACGGCCGGCGGAGGGCCAACGGGUGGAGCGGAGCUACGCGGACCGGACGAUGAUCGACUGGGCGUACGAGGACCGGAAGGAGCGUAGCCGGCUUCAGAGGCUCGAUCAGCUCCCCGGCCUCCGUGGAAUCCUUGCCAGACUGGUCAACCUCACCUGGCCCUGGAUUGGCGUCGUCCUCGUCGGCGCUAUCGUCGGCCUCGUUGCCGGUUCCCUCGACACCCUUGCCCUCUGGCUCAGCGAUCUCCGUGACGGGAAAUGCGACUACGCCUUCUACCUCAACAAGAACGCUUGCUGCUCGGGAUUGGAACCUCAUGAGAUCUGCUACGAAUGGAAAACUUGGCCUCAAGUCUUCCAGAUCUCAAGCGCCCCGAUAGCAUCCUUCUCACAUUACUUAGCAUACAUCAUCAGCUCCGUCACGUUUGCCGGCGUGGUGGCUUUCCUAGUCAAAGCCUUUGCACCUUUUGCAUUCCACACCGGAAUUCCUGAAAUCAAGGUGAUCCUAUCCGGGUACACUUUCCAACAUUACUUGAGUGCCUGGACCUUGCUCAUCAAAGCCAUCGGCUUAGCAUUUGCGGUCGGCUCGGGGUUGUCGCUUGGGAAGGAAGGCCCGUUAGUCCACGUGGCGUGUUGUGUCGCGAACCUCGUCCUUCAUAAUUUCAAGGUCUUCCGGACCAACGAAGCCAGAAAACGCGAGAUGUUGUCCGCCGCCGCCGCGUCAGGCGUCAGUGUUGCCUUCGGAGCUCCGCUUGGGGGAGUGCUCUUUGUACUAGAGGAACUCUCGCUAGCUUCGCUGCCCCAACCCACAUUGUGGAGAUCGUUUGUUUGUGCAAUUGUGGCCACGAUGACCCUGCAAUCCUUCGAUCCUUUCAACUCGGGCAAGCUGGUGCUUUUCCAAGUCCAAAGUGUUGGGCAGGUGUGGCGGACGUUUGAGCUGAUCCCAUGGGUGUUUGUGGGCGUCUGCGGCGGUCUCUUCGGGGCCACCUUUAUCCGAGCGAACAUCGAAUACGCUAAGAUCCGCAGGUCGUCCGGCUUGGCCGAUCACCCCAUCAAAGAAGUACUGGCCGUCGCUGGGUUCACCGCUCUAGUAUCUUAUCUCCUAUUGAUCACCCGACUGCCUACCUCCAAACUCGUAGAGGCUUUGUUCCAGGAAUGCAGUGCUAGUAAUCUGGACGUAUUUUCGUUUUGCGAUCCGAGCCAAGUGUUUUCGACGGUGGUCUUACUGUUGAUCGCGGCAGUAGCAAAGGCCGUGGUGACCUCGAUCACCUUUGGGAUCCAAGUACCGUCGGGGAUCUUUCUACCGGCCAUCAGCAUCGGGGCAUGUUUCGGACGGGCAAUAGGAAUGAUAAUUCACAGCUGGCAACAGGCCUAUCCGCGGUUCUGGCUCUUUGGGAGCUGUCCUGCCGAGGGCACCUGCAUCUCUCCUCAGGUUUAUGCUGUCAUCGGGGCUGCCUCCGCAGUUGGCGGCUUGACCAGAAUGACUGUCAGCUUGGUUGUCAUCAUUUUCGAAUUAACCGGUGCGGUUGAGCUCGUCUUACAGAUCAUGAUGGCCGUGAUGAUUUCAAAAUUUACUGCGGAUUACUUUUCGACCGAUGGGAUCUACGAAGCUUGGAUUCAUUUCCGUGCAUAUCCUUAUUUAAGUCCCAAGGAAGACUUCCAACCCGAUGGUGUAACAGCCUCGCAAGUAAUGGUGAAAGAGCUGGUGAGCUUAUCGGGGCAAGGCUGGACCGUAGAUUCUUUAGAAGAGGUUGUUAGGAAGUAUGAGUUCAACGGGUUUCCGAUCGUCUCAGAUCACAAAAACAAUCUUCUCUUAGGCUACGUUCCGUCCAACGAAUUACGUUUCGCACUUGCUCAAGCUAGAAUGAGACCAGAAUGCAAUGGAUCGACUCGAUGUGAAUUUUUCACUUCUAGACCAGCAAGUCAUGAACAUCAAUUGGCAAAGUCGAGGCAAGGGGAGAAAUCGCCGGCCUCAUCUGGCCGUCAGAACUCUCAUCAAGACCUAUCAAAAACAUGUUUGAGCACGAGAAAACUCAACUCGGCUAGUCGCUCGACAUUUGAUCGACUAUCUGAUGAGGAUGACGAGUUGAACGGGCGGUCGUCUGGGUUUAUCGACCUCAAUAAAUGGGUCGACGAGGCACCGUUAACUUUGGAGCCCGAAACACCAAUCGAAAUUGUUCUCCAGUUCUUCCAAAGACUGGGUUUAAGAAAUAUGUUGUUUACAUCACAUGGCUCCUUGGCCGGGAUCUUAACUAUUAAAGAUCUUCAUAAGUAUAUUCGAGCGCCGUACUAUUCUUCUCUUGACCGAGCCCGUAAAGAUGUGGAUUGA